UCCACCCUGGUUUUAAUUGUCCUGGUCACUCUCAUCUUCUGCUUGAUUCUCCUCUCCCUCACCACCUUCCACAUCCACAAGAGGAAGAUGAAGAAGCGGAAAAUGCAAAAGGCACAGGAGGAGUAUGAACGGGACCACUGUACCUGCAGCAGCAGUAGCGGCAGCCGCAGUAGCGGCAGCCAGCUCCCUGGGAUGGUGGUGCAGGGAGAGGCACCCCAAGGAAGAGACAGCCGGCUGGGAAGACCCCCCCAGGACUCGGAGAUCCAGCACCCCUCUCCCUCAGCAACCCCAAGUUCUCAGCAAGCACAGGCUUGUUUGGACACAGCUGGUGCGGGGCUCUUGCAGAUGGUGAUUUUGUCAUGA